AUGAAUCUCGCAAACAUUUCAUAUUUCACGGGCAUGUGCAACAUGACGGCAGAGUCCCAGCACUCGCCCGACGAGGCGGCCAGUCCAGUGGUAUUGUCGCCUAAUGUGAGCCUGGACUCCCCCAUUCCUCCACCACUGAACCACCAUGUCCGAUUCAAGGAUGGUGUUCUCAUCAAAGCUGAGCCUCGGGGCAGCAGCCCAAACACAGACAGAGAUGAAGGGCUUUCACUGGGACAAACCGAGGAGCACCUUCCCGCCACUGGAAGCCGGCGAAGGAAAAGGCCAGUGCAGCGAGGAAAACCACCCUACAGUUACAUCGCCCUAAUAGCGAUGGCCAUCGCCAAUUCACCUGAGAGAAAACUUACCCUGGGGGGCAUCUAUAAAUUUAUCAUGGAGCGCUUUCCAUUUUACCGCGAGAAUUCGAAAAAGUGGCAAAAUUCUAUACGCCAUAACCUCACCCUCAACGACUGUUUCGUGAAGAUCCCACGGGAGCCCGGUAGGCCUGGGAAAGGAAACUACUGGACGCUUGACCCAGCCGCUGAGGACAUGUUCGAUAACGGGAGUUUUUUGCGUAGGAGAAAAAGGUUCAAGCGGACUGAUGUAAGCACAUAUCCUGGGUACAUGCAAAGCUCCAGUGCUUUCACCCCCACACCAAUGGGCAGACAGACAUUCCCCAACUCAUUGUACCCGGGUAUGACGUCGGGCUACGGGUCUCAGGUGACUGGAUCUGCGCACCCAGCGAUGCUCCAUCACUAUCAGACAUCGGCCGGGGUCGCGCAAGGUCAGCCCAGAAUGUUCAGCAUCGAUAACAUUAUUAGUCAGCAGACAGUCAUGCAAAGCGGGCCUGGGGGAGACCUCAGCCCACAGUCUUUCGGCCUGGGCGCGGGAGACCUGGGUACCAUGACCUCCAGCUGUUCCGUAUCUACCUCUGACCCAACCUUCUUUCAGACCCAGUCGAUAAAUCCCACAAGUAACAUGCUGAGCAGGAACACCGGAUCUUUUGCUUCAAACAUGACAGCCGGCUUCACUUACCCCUCAUCGGCUUCACCUACUCACCUGUCCGGGGUCACGCAGUCCAGCUUCUCUCCGGGAGGUUCACAGGUGUACUGCACUGGGAACAGGAUGUCGCUGCCCGCUGUACGCUCUGGGUCGUGCGCCGAGCACACAGAACCCCUUUUAGGUCUCCCCGGAUCAGCUAUGAACUCCUACAAUAAUUCCUACGUGAGACAAGCAAAUUUUGCCUCUGGACUGGAGCGAUACAUGUGA